GCGCCCAGCCCCGGAAGCCCCCGCGGCGGCGGCGGCGGCGGCGCGAUGGCGGCGGCGGCGACGGCGCUGUUGGAGUCAUGGCCCGAGCUGGAGCAGGCGGAGCGGCAGCGGCGGCGGGAGCUGCUGCUGACGGGGCCCGCGCUGGAGGAGCGCGUGCGGGCGGCGGGCGGGCGGCUGCCGCCGCGGCUCUUCACGCUGUCGCUGCUGCACUACCUGGAGGUGAGCGGCUGCGGGAGCUUGCGCGAGCCGGGCCCGGGCCUGGCGCAGGGCCUCCCGCAGCUGCAGAGCCUCGUGCUGCGGCGCAACGCGCUGGGGCCCGGCCUGAGCCCCCAGCUCGGCCCGCUGCCCGCGCUGCGCGUGCUCGACCUGUCGGGCAACGCGCUGGAGGCGCUGCCGCCGGGCCAGGGCCUGGGCCCCGCCGAGCCGCCGGGCCUGCCGCAGCUGCAGAGCCUCAACCUCAGCGGCAACCGGCUGCGCGAGCUGCCCGCCGACCUGGCGCGCUGCGCCCCGCGCCUGCAGACGCUCAACCUCACCGGCAACCGCCUGGACGCUUUCCCCGCCGAGCUCUUCCGGCCCGGCGCGCUGCCGCUGCUCAGCGAGCUGGCGGCGGCGGACAACUGCCUGCGGGAGCUCAGCCCGGACAUCGUGCACCUGGCCUCGCUCAAGACACUGGACCUCUCCAACAACCAGCUGAGCGAAGUCCCGGCGGAGCUGGCCGACUGCCCGCGGCUCAAGGACAUCAACCUGCGCGGGAACAAGCUGAAGGACAGGCGCCUGGAGAAGAUGGUCGGCAGCUGCCAGACCAAGUCCAUCCUGGAGUACCUGCGCGCGGGCGGCCGGGGCGGCGGCCGGGGCAAGGGCAAGGCGGACGCGGAGAAGGACGAGGGCCGGAGGAAGAAGAGGGAGAGGAGGAAGAGGGGGAGCGGUGAGGAGGAGGACGAGGUGGACGAGGCCAGCCGCCUGCUGCUCCGGGUGCUGCACGUCUCCGAGAACCCCGCCCCGCUGACCAUCACGGUCGGCCCCGAGGUCAGGGCCGUGCGGCCGUACAUCGUGGGGGCCGUCGUGAGGGGCAUGGACCUGCAGGCGGGGAACGCGCUCAAGCGCUUCCUCAUCUCCCAGACGAAGCUGCACGAGGACAUCUGCGACAAGAGGACGGCGGCCACCAUCGCCACCCACGAGCUCCGGGCGGUCCGAGGGCCCCUGCUGUACACCGCCCGCCCGCCGCCGGACCUCAAGAUCGUCCCCCUGGGGCGCAAAGAAGUCAAGGCCAAGGACCUGGUUCGGCAGCUGCAGCUGGAGGCCGAGGAGCACCGCAAACAGAGGAAGAGGCAGACCGUCUCGGGCCUGCACAGGUACCUCCACCUGCUGGACGGGAAGGAGCAGUACCCCUGCCUGCUGGACGCCGACGGCGACGUCAUCUCCUUCCCGCCCAUCACCAACAGCGAGAAGACGAAGAUUAAGAAAACGACUUCCGAUUUGUUUCUGGAAGUGACGAGCGCGACGAGUCUACAGAUCUGCAAGGACGCCAUGGACGCCCUCAUUCUGAAAAUGGCAGAGAUCAACAAACAGGCUUUGGAAAGCAAAGAGGAGGGAGCGGUCUCAGAUGGGGAAACCGACGCCACCCCCGGACAGCGCGAGGACCCCAGGGCGGACCCCGGCGCCGAGCAGGGCGGGCACGCGCCCCUGCUGGUGGAGCAGGUGCGGGUGGUGGACGAGGAGGGGCGCCUGAAGGUGCUGUACCCGUCCAAGACGGACCUGGACCUCCCCGCCGCCCUCGUCACGGUGCUCCGCUGAGACGCGGCCCGGCGCGGGGGCGGGCUGUCGGCCGCACAGCCCCCUCGUCCCGUCAGCCCUCCGCGCUCUUUGUCCAGUUCCGGGGGCUCUGCCGUACAGGCGUGCCGUGCUGCCACGUGCUUAAACUCCUGCCCCCGCUGCCUGGGCUGCGGCUUUUGGUGGCGGCAGUGGAAGUAGCAGGACCCCAGCGCUCAGAACGCUCUGAAGUCCGGGCGCCGGGCGGAGACGCGGCACGGCGUGCGUCUCACCGGCCUGCGCGGGGCCGUCCUACGCCUUCACGUCUUCCCCGUCCCACCGUAGAGUGCGGCUUAGAACGCGCCGCCCCGCCGUCUCCGGCCCUUCAUAAACACGCGUCCCAUCCGUGGGCUGCUCCGGGCCGCUGUGGCCGCCUGGGGCGGGGGCUGUGCGGAGCCUUCCAGCAGCAGCCGGUCGCCCGAGCAGACGUUGCGAAGGAGCCUACGGGGACGUCGGGAUGCACAUCUGGAGGGAAGGAGGCCGGUCUGCGUCCCGGGAGAGGCCCCCGCUGCCCGUCUGUGGAGGGCCCGGGACUGUGGAGGGCGUGUCCCACUGCAGGUGCUUCCGGUGUUGGGCUCACAGCCGUGGACCCUCUGUGUCUGGGCGCGCGCACACCCGGAGCCACGGCGCCCUUGGGGCCAGGGAGCCCGCGGCCGCAGAGUGGCCGCCGGGCACAAUCGGGCUGCAAGGCAGGAAGGGGCUGGGGCUGCAGCCGCUGUUCAGUGGCUCUGUGCACUCCUGUCCAGAACCUGCAAAGGACGA